UUGACUCCAGCAGAGAAACCAUCGCGUCCAAAUGAUAAAUAUUCCAAUGACGCCUAUCCCUAUGUAGAAGAGGGCUCUAAUGUAAAUAACAUUUACCAAGAAGAAAGAGAUAGGUAUAACUUUCGAUGUUCAGAAAGGCUAGAAACUGCUCUCGAUCAUGUGCGAAGACGCCAAAUCUCAAGACAGAAAACUCUUCCUCUUAAUGGUUACUCUCUUCAUCAGCAAUUGAGAACUGCUCCUUUGGAUAUGUACGUAACGAAUAUGAAGAUAAAGUUGCCGCCUUCUGGAGGUUGGGUAAGGGUUGAACGUUGCAGAUUCAACCCGAGAAAUUCUAGUCUAGAGACAAGACUCUUGUUUAAUGAUCUCACAAUAAUGGGCAAAGUUAAUUUGUUUAACGAAGGUGAACUACAAAGAGAACCUAUAGCUCCUCUACCCGAAGAUUCUUGUAAUAUGAUAUUAAGGUUACGAAAAGCAGGAAUAGGAUUUCAUACAGAGCCAAUAAGAAGAGAAAAGGGGCAGUUCAACGUAAGAACCAACUCCCAUUUCGUAGAGCCUGGAUUUAUAUCGGUAUAUGCUUAUGGAUGCGAACCAAGACUUCGAGAGCAUAAACGACAGUUUAGAGACGAUAUAGAUGAUGAGCCAGAUGAAGGACUUUCCAAAGAGAUGGAAGAUAUUUUUUUGAAAGGGCCGCUGACUACGACUGAAGUUCAGGAAAUCGCAGAUAAUGUGAAUUUAGAUGACUCUCAUUUGGAUCUUUCUCUUUUUCCUGACAGGGAUGAUGAUAGGGAUGAAUGGGAUGAACCUAGAAAUCUGGAUGAGAAGGAAAUAAUUAUUGAAAGUGGGGAAGAAAGGGGUGACGAUCACGCUGAAAUCAGUGACAUAUCAGACGACGAUUCGAAUGAUGAUAUGCUCUUGGCAACCGGGCUUUUAAAAAUGAGUAACACGGCGAAUUCUAUUCCUAAAAAGACAGGAAAGACUGAAAGAAAAUACAUUUUACACCACAAUUUGCUCAAUAUCAACCCUCUAUGCAAGAUCUUUUAA